AUGGAGACAUCACGUGGCCCACCAAGGGUCAAGAACAAGGCCGCCGCGCCUGUGCAGAUUUCCGCCGAGCAGUUGCUUCGCGAGGCCGUCGAUAGGCAAGAGGUCGCCCUCCAGAAGCCAACACAGCGCUUUGAGGAUCUCGAAGAGUUGAAGGAGUACCAAGGUCGGAAACGUCGCGAGUAUGAAGAUUACGUUCGCCGAAACCGCGUUCGAUUAGCAAACUGGCUUCAGUAUGCCCAGUGGGAGCUCGAGCAGAAAGAGCUUGCGCGCGCCCGGUCUGUCUUUGAGCGCGCCCUCGAUGUCCACCCCAACAACACUCAGCUUUGGAUUCGAUACAUCGAGGCCGAGAUAAAGAGCCGUAAUAUCAACCAUGCGCGCAACCUCCUCGACCGCGCCGUCACCCGGCUGCCUCGCGUGUCGUCUCUGUGGUACAAGUAUCUUUAUGUCAUGGAGAUGCUGGGCGAUAUCCCCGGAACCCGUCAGGUAUUCGAUCGGUGGAUGCAAUGGCACCCAGAUGAGAACGCGUGGGCGGCCUACAUCCGUCUGGAGAAGCGAUAUGGCGAAUAUGACAGGGCGAGGGAGAUUUUUCGCGCCUUCACCGCGGUGCACCCAGAACCGAGGACAUGGCUGAAAUGGGCCAAAUUUGAGGAGGAACACGGAACGACCGAUCUGGUGCGCGAAGUCUUUCAGACGGCAAUACAGACCAUUGCUGAGCUGCUGGGCGAUGAUGCGGUUGACGAAAAGAUAUUCAUUGCUUUUGCCAGAUACGAGGCACGCUUGGGCGAAUAUGAACGGGCGCGGGCUAUCUACAGAUUCGGUCUUGACAACCUUUCAAGGUCCAAAUCCAUGAUUCUUCAUGCUCAGUACACCACUUUCGAAAAGCAGUUUGGUGACCGAGAGGGAGUGGAGGACGUCAUCAUCACAAAGAGGAGGAGGCUUUAUGAGGAGCAAGUGAAGGAGAACCCCAAGAACUACGAUGUCUGGUUUGACUUUGCAAGGUUGGAAGAGAGCGGAGGCAAUGCAGACCGUGUCCGUGAGGUUUACGAAAGGGCAAUUGCUCAAGUGCCUCCCACUCAGGAGAAGCGCCACUGGAGGCGAUACAUCUUUCUGUUCCUCUUCUACGCGAUAUGGGAGGAGAGGGAAGCCAAGGAUAUCGAACGUGCCCGGCAAAUUUACGACACCUGUCUAGGAUUGAUCCCCCACAAGAAGUUCACCUUUGCCAAAAUCUGGGUGGCCAAAGCUCACUUUGAGAUCCGGCAGGGACAGCUUACCACUGCCCGAAAGACCCUGGGACGGGCCAUUGGGAUGUGUCCCAAGGACAAGCUCUUCAAAGAAUACAUCCUCCUCGAGCAAAAGCUGUACGAGUUCGAGAGGUGCCGGACCCUGUAUGAGAAGCAUGUCAUGUACAAUCCCGCCAACUGCCAAACAUGGAUCAAGUGGGCCGAGAUUGAACGUGGCCUUGACGACCUGGAACGGACCCGCGCCAUCUUCGAGCUCGCCAUCAGUCAGCCAGUCCUGGACAUGCCGGAAGUGGUGUGGAAAGCCUACAUUGAUUUCGAGGAAGAAGAGGGCGAGUACGAGAGGACUCGCGAGCUGUACGAGCGCCUCCUUGCCAAGGCCGACCACCCCAAGGUCUGGAUCAGCUACGCCCAGUUCGAGAUCAACAUCCCAGAAGCGGACGAGGGCGGCGAGGAGGACGAGGACGAGGACCGCCCGGUGAGCGAGGAGGCCAAGGAGAGGGCUCGCAAGAUCUUCGAGCGUGCUCACAAGAGCAUGAAGGAGAGAGAGCUCAAGGCCGAGCGGGUGUCGCUGCUCAACGCGUGGUUGGCAUUCGAGAAGACGCACGGCUCGCCAGAGGACGUCGAAAAGGUGAACAAACAGAUGCCGAGGAAAACGAAGAAAAAAAGAAAGCUGGAGGACGAUACGUGGGAGGAGUAUGUCGACUACAUCUUCCCUGCGGACGACCAACAGACCAGGAGCUUGUCCAACUUGCUUGCCAUGGCCAAUGCCUGGAAGCAACAGACGGGUGGAAAGAUUGGUGGGGAGGAAUGA